ACUUGCAGUGAAGAUGAGACAAAGAAGCCAAGGGAAGGCUAGAGGACUGUAGCCACUUUAAUAGAAAAAAGGUCCAAAAACAUUGGCCGUUACAGCCAAAACGGGUGUAACGUAUUAAGCCAACGAUAUUUUAAUUCCGUUAUUAUAUGAUUUACUUUGUUCCGCACGUGUUACACCGUAAUUGUCUAGGAAAAAACGUCAAGCAUUGACCAUGCCCAGUAGCACAUCUUUGUUGGAGAACGAGGAAACGGAGCCUGAGCUCCCGCCACUAGUCCAAACAUUUGCCGGCAUGGGCAUCGAUGACCACCUCGCUCAAAGCCAAACUGAACAGCCAACCCUUCCUCAUCCAUGUCGGACCUCGCCUUUCAGCUUGCUAGGAGCUGUUUUGGAUCUUCAGCCUUUACCGCUCAACCAAGCUGGAACGGAGGAGGACGACGAAGAGAAAUCAGACGAAGAGGCACUAAAUGAGAAUGAAUCUGUGAGCCAUUCACUGCUCGCACAGGCCCAUGUCUCAGGGCUAGGCUCUGUCAUGCUCCCAGGACAUGAGGCCCAAGAGCCAGUCGUCCUCUACAGUGAUGGGCUUGACGAUUCAUCUGCUCAGCCGGUUCCUGGGAUGAUAAUACCGUAUGGGGAACCUGGAUAUGAACCACCUCUGAUUAAUAUGAGAAGAAAGAGCGUCAAUACCAAGGAAUGUGUCGAGGUGCCUAGUUCUGAACACGUAGCUGAAAUUGUCGGCCGACAGGGUUGCAAAAUCAAGGCUUUGAGGGCAAAGACCAACACCUACAUCAAAACACCAGUGAGAGGGGAGGAGCCAGUAUUUGUAGUUACAGGCCGGAAAGAAGAUGUGGCCAUGGCUAAGAGAGAGAUCCUCUCAGCUGCUGAGCAUUUUUCCCACAUCCGAGCUUCCCGGAACAAGGCAGGACCGUUAACUACCGCCGCACCUGGUCUGUCAGGUGCCCCCACCUUACCUGGCCAAACCACCAUCCAGGUUCGUGUGCCAUACCGUGUAGUGGGUCUGGUUGUGGGGCCUAAAGGUGCUACCAUAAAGCGAAUUCAACAGCAGACUCACACCUACAUUGUCACACCCAGUCGCGACAAAGAGCCUGUGUUUGAGGUCACAGGAAUGCCUGAGAAUGUUGACCGAGCUCGCGAAGAGAUAGAAGCACACAUCGCCCUGCGCACAGGCAGCUGCGUUGAUAUGAGCACAGAUGACAACGACUUUCACUGCAACGGUACCGACGUCGGCUUCGAAACGGCCGCCCACGGGGCAUGGCUCCACUCAAAUACAGCCCUGCCAAGCGGAGUCCACCGGGGAACCGGCAAUGGCUCAGCCCGCAUCACCGCCAGCUAUCGCAACGACAGCUCGAGUUCCCUCGGCAGUGGCUCCUCCGACUCGUUCUACAGUGGUGGAGGAAACCGCAUGGCUGACUUCAGUCCCACGAGUCCAUUCAACAGCAACAGCAGCAGCAGCAGCGGAGGUGGGGGUGGAGGUGGUGGUGGUAGCUUCUGGUUUGGGGAGUCCUCCAUGCUCCCUGCAGGGUCUGAGGACCUGGCUGGGCUGGAUCCCCCAGGCUUCGACAGUCUUCCCCUAGCGACAGCGGCGCCCUUGGUCAAUCCCGUGCCGAUGGUGUGGAACCCCUUCGAGCAGGGCAUCCAUCUCUUCGAUGCCCGCGCCCCCUCGUUCCGCGACAGCCAGCCAGGGACCCCGCGCCUCUCACCCACCUUUCAGGAAGCCCUGGAGCACCCCAUGGCCCAGUUUGUGCAGAGCGGCUACCUCAGCUCGGAUGCACACAAGUUCCCCAACUACGGCCCUGCCUUCUCAUCCUCCAGCGACAGCACCACCUCCAACUCCCCUCCCGACCACCAGUUCUGUGGUCCAACCUCUCGAGGAGGUGGCCACUACUCGCUUCCAAGAGAGUGACGCCCAUCGUCACUGCCCCAUGUUCGACCGGCCCUGGGCACCCCGGUCUUUCCAGAGUAGUAUGCACUCACAGUAUUCUACACGGUGCAUAUCCCAUUUGCAUUUGUGUACCAGACCCAGGCUGUCAAGCUAGGUAGCAUUUGAGCUGAUCUGAGGUGUGAGAAGGGAGGUCCAUGGGGUGAGGGGGGAGCAUGUGUACUACUUGAUGUAAUGUUUGGGACUGGUCCUUAGGAUGUAGCUGGUAGUUAGAAGGGGGGGGGGGGGGGGGGGUUAAAGUAAGAAUAAGGAAAUAUCAAAGAAUAUGGAGUUUUAUUUUUGCAUUACAUUAAUCCUGUUAUUUUUUUAUCAUUUGUAUUUUUAUUUCCAGAAAUGUUAAAACGUACGGUUAAAGCAAAGUUUAAAUCAAGGCUAAUGUCUAACUUUUUUCCUGUCAUUUUAAAACACCCCAUGUGUUUAGCUGCUAUGUUGAUUUCAUGUAUCUUUUAUUUUUUCCCUCUUAUUUUUGAAUAUUUUUUUACAUUUUCAUCCUCAAAUUGCUGAAAUUGGGGUGGAGUAGGUUUUUCCUUGGGAAUUAAGAAGUGUUACGCACUGCCGUGCUUUCCAUUUCUUCAAAGAACAUGCUUAGAUUUUAUAUUUUCUAGUUACGUUUACAUUAACUCGUGCCUAAUCCAAUUCCACUUGAUUAAAAUCCAACCUUAGUUUUGUGGGCGUUGUGUUACCAUAGAACUCUAACUUACAAAAAGCAUGUCUGCGGCCUUUGAACCAUUGUCUCGGCUAGUUUAGCUAAAACACUAGACGCCAACUAUGAGCUUUUUGUUUGUUUUUUCAUCUUUGCUUUAACAGUGGAUGUACAGGAUAGUGGUCUUCGAUGUAGUGGAAAUGGGUGUGGUUCUUGCACUGACAUUCCAGCUUAACCUGUACAGUUUUCUCUUGUAGCAGGGAGAGUCAAGUGAAAAAGUGCACUCUUGAACUCUAGAAUUCUAGGCAGGGAACUCAAACAGUGUUGAGAAUGCAGCUGUCUGAGAUGGUUCUCAUUACAUCGCCUGAUUCAAAUAACUGACAACUUUAUUGCCUUAAAGGAACCAGCCAGAUCAUUCACUCUGUGGUCUGAGACAGUCAGCACGUCCGCAGAUAGAAAAAUCUUUUGCGCCAGGUACGUCCUAAGUACAUGGCGUGGAGAGUUCCACAAAUGUGAAGGCUAAGGCCACACCUGUUCUCAUGCGUCGGUGUGUGUGUGUGUAGUAGGGGCGGGAGCGGGAGCAAGCUGUAUUAGGGGUGAGUUGCUUUUCUCUGUGAUGUGCUCAUCAAUGUAGAAAGGUACACGUUGUCCACUGACAACACGG